CCCCUAUGGGAAAAUUAAACAAACCAAAUGCUUAUCUCUCUCUCUCUUUCUCUUUCUCUCCCUUAGCAAUUACACCUCUCCACCAUUAAAUGCUAUUGCAUCCUCUCUAUACGCUCUGCAAUAACUCCUCGCUGCCACAUUUCCCUCCAUCUGUAUCCCUCUUCCUCCUUCCCUUUGAUUCUUUUCUUCAUCUUCUUCCUUCUUUCACCUUCUUCUUUUAAAAAUUUUAUUGUCUCUUUCAUUUCUCUUCUUUCUCUCUCACCCUCGUAUCUUCUUACCAUAAAAGCUUAAUUUCUCCAAAGCUGCUCAGGAAACCACUUAAGCCCACCUCAGAAGAGUGAUCUCUCUCUUCCACAAGAUUUGGGCUAAAGCAAGAAAGGAAGCAGCCAAGGCAAAGUUGGAUUCUUGGAGAUCGUAGUUGAGCGUUGCGUAUAAUAAUUAUAAGUAUUUGCAUUUACGGGUGGUUUUGCCAGAUUUUUUGUCUGUCAAAGGUGGUUUUUGUCAACUCUAUCUUUUUUAUUAUAUUCUGUGUCUAUCUCUUACAUUGGUACGUAAGAACAAGAUAGACCUAAGAAAGAGAGAAACCCAUUUCAACGGCAGAACCGAAAACCAAAGUCAGCUCUGUCUGCCAGAGAAUCUAUGCGGACCUUAGCCCCUCUAAUCUCCUUAUAAAGGAAAACUCCAAACUUACGGCCACUUGCUAGACUGAGAAGUGAGAAACCAGUCCAUUUAUCUUUUUAUCCAGUUUAUUAGGGUUCGUGGGUAACUGAAAUAUGCCAGCCGGAGUAAUGAUUCCGGCAAGAAACAUGCCGUCGAUGAUUGGGACUAAUGGGAGUGUUGGUGGGUUCGGAUCAACUUCAGGGCUUUCACUUGGUCAGAUUGAAAAACCAUAAGCUUCAAGAAAUCUUAAAGAUCUGUAGAUAUGUUCCAGCCAAACAUGAUGGACAGUCAGCUUCACCAUCUGGAUAUGACUCAAAACACCUCCGAAAGCGAUUUAGUUCGACUCAGAGAUGAAGAAUUUGACAGUACUAAUACUAAAUCCGGCAGCGACAACCAUGAAGGUGCAUCCGGCGACGAUCAAGAUCCACGCCCCAAAAAGAAGCGAUAUCACCGCCAUACUCAGCAUCAGAUCCAAGAAAUGGAAGCUUUCUUCAAAGAGUGUCCACACCCAGAUGACAAGCAAAGGAAGGAGCUAAGCCGUGAAUUAGGGUUGGAGCCAUUGCAGGUCAAGUUCUGGUUCCAGAACAAACGUACCCAAAUGAAGACCCAACAUGAGCGCCAUGAAAAUACACAGCUUCGAACUGAGAACGAAAAGCUUAGGGCUGAUAAUAUGAGGUAUAGAGAAGCUCUUAGCAAUGCUUCGUGUCCCAAUUGUGGAGGUCCUACUGCUAUUGGUGAGAUGUCCUUUGAUGAACAUCAUUUGAGGCUAGAAAACACCAGAUUAAGAGAAGAGAUUGAUAGAAUUUCAGCCAUUGCUGCUAAGUAUGUUGGAAAGCCUGUGGUGAACUAUCCUCUUUUAUCAUCUCCAAUGGCUCCACGACCUCUCGAACUUGGGGUUGGGAAUUUCGGAGCACAGCCAGGAAUUGGAGGGGACAUUUAUGGAGCUGGAGACUUGCUUAGGUCAAUAGGUGGACAUAGUGAUGCUGAUAAGCCCAUGAUAAUAGAGCUUGCAGUUGCAGCCAUGGAGGAACUUAUCAGAAUGGCACAGAUGGGUGAGCCAUUAUGGAUGAGCAGCCUUGAUGGAACAAAUGCUGUACUAAAUGAAGAUGAAUACAUUAGGAUCUUCCCUAGAGGAAUUGGACCAAAACCUUCUGGUUUUAAAUGCGAGGCUUCAAGAGAAACUGCUGUGGUUAUCAUGAAUCACAUCAACCUGGUUGAGUAUCUCAUGGAUGUGAAUCAAUGGUCUACUGUGUUUUCUGGCAUUGUUUCAAGAGCCAUGACUUUGGAAGUACUAUCUACAGGAGUAGCAGGAAACUACAAUGGAGCCUUGCAAGUGAUGACGGCUGAAUUUCAACUGCCUACUCCACUUGUUCCUACUCGAGAGAGCUACUUUGUAAGGUACUGUAAACAACAUGCAGAAGGGACUUGGGCUGUGGUUGAUGUUUCCUUGGACAACUUAAGACCUAGUCCGGCAGCAAGAUGCCGGAGAAGGCCAUCCGGAUGCCUGAUUCAAGAAAUGCCUAAUGGGUACUCAAAGGUUACAUGGGUUGAACAUAUUGAAGUGGAUGAUAGAGGUGUUCAUAAUCUAUACAAGCAACUAGUUAGCUCAGGCCAUGCCUUUGGAGCAAAACGUUGGGUUGCUACCCUGGAUAGGCAAUGUGAACGGCUAGCAAGUGCCAUGGCAACUAACAUUCCAACUGGCGAUGUUGGAGUAAUAACAAAUCAAGAAGGGAGAAAGAGCAUGCUGAAGCUGGCAGAAAGAAUGGUAAUAAGCUUCUUUGCUGGAGUGAGUGCAUCUACUGCUCAUACAUGGACGACAUUGUCUGGAACUGGGGCUGAUGAUGUGAGAGUCAUGACAAGAAAGAGCGUAGAUGAUCCUGGUAGGCCUCCUGGGAUUGUGCUUAGUGCUGCAACUUCCUUCUGGCUUCCUGUUCCACCUAAAAGGGUUUUUGAUUUUCUCCGUGAUGAGAAUUCUCGAAGUGAGUGGGAUAUUCUAUCAAAUGGAGGAGUUGUCCAAGAAAUGGCACAUAUUGCUAAUGGAAGAGAUACUGGCAAUUGUGUGUCCCUUCUUCGAGUAAAUGUAAGUGACACACAGAGUGCAAAUUCUAGCCAGAGCAACAUGCUGAUUUUACAAGAGAGUUGCACUGACCCAACAGCCUCUUUCGUCAUCUAUGCACCAGUUGAUAUUGUUGCCAUGAAUGUAGUACUUAAUGGUGGAGACCCAGAUUAUGUGGCUCUCCUUCCUUCAGGAUUUGCUAUUCUUCCUGAUGGAACCACCACACAUGGAGGAGGAAUCGGCGAAUCGGGUUCUGGUGGAUCUCUUCUAACAGUUGCUUUUCAAAUUUUAGUUGAUUCAGUUCCUACAGCCAAACUUUCUCUUGGAUCGGUUGCAACUGUGAACAAUUUGAUCGCUUGCACUGUUGAGAGGAUUAAGGCAGCUUUAUCUUGCGAGACCGCAUGAACUACAAAGUUUUAUAAUAAUUAUAGCUGUUAACUGAAGAAGGAAAAAAGAGAGAAAGGAAGCAUGAGAACACAGGGGGAGAUUUUGGCUUAUAGAGAAGAUGGAGAAGAGAAGUCAAGAGCGCACCUUACAUGAUCCUUAAUCAAUUUGGUGCUCAUGGGUGGUUUUUCUUUUAACUGGUAAGGGAAAUUAGGAAACUAAGCAUGAGUACUGUUAGGGAUUAGAGAGGUUCGGGAAUUGACUUCUUCCAAACCCCAGAAGUUUGAAGCUAAGAGAACGUGUUGGAAACCUUGUUUUGUACGAGGUUUCUUCUGCUUUUAACAUUGUAGCCUUUGUAGUUAUCUAGGGUUUUGCUGUAGGAGUUUGCCUAACUUAUGUCCUCUUUUUUCCUUCUUCAUAUUUGUUGUGUGUGUUUUUGAAGCAUAUCAGUAGAUGGAGAACCUCGCCAUCUACUGCUAAACAUUGGCUUCCCUUCUUUUUCUCCUCUUUUAAGAGCUUUUGAAAUAGACUUAUUUCUCUUUAUGUCUUA